AUGUGGCGGCGGUGGAAACAGCGACUAGGAGGGGUUCGUCUGUGCCCGUGUGCCGUCGUGUCUGCGCCCGGGAGAGCAGGUGCAGGCCCGUCUGUGCCCGUGUGCCGUCGUGUCUGCGCCCGGGAGAGCUGGCGCAGGCCCGUCUGUGCCCGUGUGCCGUCGUGUCUGCGCCCGGGAGAGCAGGCGCAGGCCCGUCUGUGCCCGUGUGCCGUCGUGUCUGCGCCCGGCAGAGCAGGCGCAGGCCCGUCUGUGCCCGUGUGCCGUCGUGUCUGCGCCCGGCAGAGCAGGCGCAGGCCCGUCUGUGCCCGUGUGCCGUCGUGUCUGCGCCCGGGAGAGCAGGCGCAGGCCCGUCUGUGCCCGUGUGCCGUCGUGUCUGCGCCCGGGAGAGCAGGCGCAGGCCCGUCUGUGCCCGUGUGCCGUCGUGUCUGCGCCCGGGAGAGCAGGCGCAGGCCCGUCUGUGCCCGUGUGCCGUCGUGUCUGCGCCCCGGAGAGCAGGCGCAGGCCCGUCUGUGCCCGUGUGCCGUCGUGUCUGCGCCCGGGAGAGCAGGCGCAGGCCCGUCUGUGCCCGUGUGCCGUCGUGUCUGCGCCCGGGAGAGCAGGCGCAGGCCCGUCUGUGCCCGUGUGCCGUCGUGUCUGCGCCCGGGAGAGCAGGCGCAGGCCCGUCUGUGCCCGUGUGCCGUCGUGUCUGCGCCCGGGAGAGCAGGCGCAGGCCCGUCUGUGCCCGUGUGCCGUCGUGUCUGCGCCCGGGAGAGCAGGCGCAGGCCCGUCUGUGCCCGUGUGCCGUCGUGUCUGCGCCCGGCAGAGCAGGCGCAGGCCCGUCUGUGCCCGUGUGCCGUCGUGUCUGCGCCCGGGAGAGCAGGCGCAGGCCCGUCUGUGCCCGUGUGCCGUCGUGUCUGCGCCCGGCAGAGCAGGCGCAGGCCCGUCUGUGCCCGUGUGCCGUCGUGUCUGCGCCCGGGAGAGCAGGCGCAGGCCCGUCUGUGCCCGUGUGCCGUCGUGUCUGCGCCCCGGAGAGCAGGCGCAGGCCCGUCUGUGCCCGUGUGCCGUCGUGUCUGCGCCCCGGAGAGCAGGCGCAGGCCCGUCUGUGCCCGUGUGCCGUCGUGUCUGCGCCCCGGAGAGCAGGCGCAGGCCCGUCUGUGCCCGUGUGCCGUCGUGUCUGCGCCCGGCAGAGCAGGCGCAGGCCCGUCUGUGCCCGUGUGCCGUCGUGUCUGCGCCCGGGAGAGCAGGCGCAGGCCCGUCUGUGCCCGUGUGCCGUCGUGUCUGCGCCCGGCAGAGCAGGCGCAGGCCCGUCUGUGCCCGUGUGCCGUCGUGUCUGCGCCCGGGAGCGCAGGCGCAGGCCCGUCUGUGCCCGUGUGCCGUCGUGUCUGCGCCCGGGAGAGCAGGCGCAGGCCCGUCUGUGCCCGUGUGCCGUCGUGUCUGCGCCCGGGAGAGCAGGCGCAGGCCCGUCUGUGCCCGUGUGCCGUCGUGUCUGCGCCCCGGAGAGCAGGCGCAGGCCCGUCUGUGCCCGUGUGCCGUCGUGUCUGCGCCCCGGAGAGCAGGCGCAGGCCCGUCUGUGCCCGUGUGCCGUCGUGUCUGCGCCCCGGAGAGCAGGCGCAGGCCCGUCUGUGCCCGUGUGCCGUCGUGUCUGCGCCCCGGAGAGCAGGCGCAGGCCCGUCUGUGCCCGUGUGCCGUCGUGUCUGCGCCCCGGAGAGCAGGCGCAGGCCCGUCUGUGCCCGUGUGCCGUCGUGUCUGCGCCCGGGAGAGCAGGCGCAGGCCCGUCUGUGCCCGUGUGCCGUCGUGUCUGCGCCCGGGAGAGCAGGCGCAGGCCCGUCUGUGCCCGUGUGCCGUCGUGUCUGCGCCCGGGAGAGCAGGCGCAGGCCCGUCUGUGCCCGUGUGCCGUCGUGUCUGCGCCCGGGAGAGCAGGCGCAGGCCCGUCUGUGCCCGUGUGCCGUCGUGUCUGCGCCCGGCAGAGCAGGCGCAGGCCCGUCUGUGCCCGUGUGCCGUCGUGUCUGCGCCCGGGAGAGCAGGCGCAGGCCCGUCUGUGCCCGUGUGCCGUCGUGUCUGCGCCCGGGAGAGCAGGCGCAGGCCCGUCUGUGCCCGUGUGCCGUCGUGUCUGCGCCCCGGAGAGCAGGCGCAGGCCCGUCUGUGCCCGUGUGCCGUCGUGUCUGCGCCCGGGAGAGCAGGCGCAGGCCCGUCUGUGCCCGUGUGCCGUCGUGUCUGCGCCCGGCAGAGCAGGCGCAGGCCCGUCUGUGCCCGUGUGCCGUCGUGUCUGCGCUCCGGAGAGCAGGCGCAUGCCCGUGGCGACUGGCCUGA